AUGGAUCUUAUCUACCUCCUUCUUACGCUCCUUCUCACCCCCAUAAUCCAAGCCGGAGAAUGCGCCGCCAACCAUAUAAUAAUCGCCCGUGCUAGUACAGAACAGCCUGGGCCAGGCGUAAUCGGAAGUCUCGCCACCUUAAUUACCCAAGAUUUCCCAGGCACAACGAUGGAAAGCGUCGUAUACCCCGCAACCCUAGAUAAUUACGCGAAUUCCUCGGCGAUGGGGACGGCUGCCAUGAAAAAGCUUUUGACGACGUAUGUGGAUGCUUGUCCUACUUCCAAGGUGGUAUUGAUGGGGUAUUCGCAGGUGAGUGGACUCGUAAAAUGGUGGAGUUUAUGAGGGAAGAAGGAGGUAGGUUAAUGAAUGUGAAUAGGGCGCUCAUGUUGUGGGUGAUGUGAUGUGUGGUGGUGGAGGAGUCCAGGGAUCAGCAACGACACCACCUGUUGACGCAAAAUAUGGUGAUAGUGGUAUAUUCUCCUGUCUCUCUCUUUGUAAAGCCUCAAACCUUACACCACGCAGUUAAAGCAAUGAUCCAAAUGGGCGAUCCAAGAUUCGUCCUUCAAAAAAGUUAUAAUGUGGGAACUGCGACUUCGGAUGGUGUAAGUUAUUCCUGUCCUGGAAGAUUUAAAGACUGGCUCCUGAAGACAAAAAGAUGACAUGUAUGCUGAUCAAAAAUAUAGCUCUUCCCUCGUCAAGCAAACCAGACCUGCGACAAGUACGAGGAAAAAAUCCAGCUGUACUGCGAUGAUGGUGACCCAUUCUGUGAGAAGGGCGACACGCUUGAUGUGCAUUUAGGUUAUACCAAAAAGUAUAACGAAAAGGCUAGAGCAUUUGUGAAAACAAAACUUGCAUAA